CGCUCAUCGUCGUCCACGGUGCCUCCCAUCAAAACACUCGCAAAACUCAAGGCCAAAGAGGCGAAGAAGAGCUCGUCCGGUCGACCGAAUAUCGCGUCCUGGAUCAACUCGGCUGCAGCUUCAGAGGUUUCAGAAGACAUGGAAGAUGCUUCCGGAGGAUUUGUGUGGCAUAGGGAGAGAGUCGUAGAUGAAUGGCCGCAAGCUAUGCAGUUUGCGCAUGCUAAACUUAUGAUUGGUCGUACGAGCGAGCGUGUACUUUUUCUUCAGGAAGAAUUGCUACCCUUGGCCAAGUCGAAUGGCCUUACUUUACGGCAAAAUUUGGAGAUAUUCAAGCUGUUGACUGAAACAUACUCAAGAUAUGUCGACAGUGCUUCGAGAGAGGCCUUGGAAGCUGUUCUGGUUGAGCUCGUACGAGCGGACGUAGUCCGGGAAGAGAAGUUGGGCGUCCCAGAACAAAUCAUCGGUUGGAUGUCGACUCAAGUCGGAAAAAUAUCUAAGAGGACAAGUUCUUACGCUCCCUCGGACAUGUUCGUCCUCUUGAGCUGGUGUGGCGCCCUAUACACCGUCUGCCUAAAGCACAAUCCACAAUUUUCCACAUCCCAGCCUUAUAUCCUCCUCCUCGACUCCAUGGCCAGUCUCCUUGAUCUACUACUAAGCCCCGUCACUCACGCAAAAGCGGCCAUACAAAAGAGCUCCGUCGUGCGCACCCGUCGCGCUUUACGAUCCGCCCCUGAACUUCUUCAGACUUCGAUCGCUACGCUCUUGAAGCAGGCCAAGUCGUAUCCGUCGCCACUUACCGCUCUUCCGUUGAUUGGCACAGCGGUGGAUGUGACCACUCAUCUCAAGAACGUUAAAGAUGCAAGUAUCACCAAGGUCUCAGAAGAUAACAAGACAGGAAUCUUGACGCUGUACUGCAAUGCCGUCCUUAUGGCAAGGGCCCCUGUUCUCUCACACGUUACGACAGCGCUCCACGGGUUCAUUCAGACGCUGUCUGAAGCCGAGUUCAAGCAAACAGUCCUCCCAACCAUCGAAAAAGCCCUCCUCCGAUCGCCAGAAUACGCACUCCAAGCCGUCAGCGACUUCUUCCCCGCCUACCCACAUUCCCUCGACUCCGACACCUUCCGUCGCAUCCUCACACCUACCCUCAACUGCGCCAAUUCCGCCAACAUCACCGUCCGCAGCGCCUCCCUCUCCCUCUUCAAAGUCGUAGUCGAGAAGAAAGCUUCGGACGAGAGCAAAGAACAUGCUGUCACUGAGCUCUUGAACUUUGCAAAGGCAGGAAAAUCAGUGGGUCCGGAUCGGCAGAUCCUCUACUCGAUGUUAGGCUACCUCAGUCCAUCAGAGGCGGUCUCGAAAGCUAUGGUGGCGACAGUACCGGCGUUAUUGGCGAAGGAGACGAAUGAUGCAGCGGCACCUGUACUAGGGCUUGCAUUGACGCCUCACCUCGCUUACCAGCUGCGGGAGAGUAUCCCUAUCCCAGCAGACGUGACUUCGAUAUUAGCCAAGGAGAUGCAAAGUUCCAAGCCUGUCAUUCGUCGGACGUUUGUCUCGUUGGUGGGAGACGCGUUGUGGCAAUUGGGGACACUGCCGACGGAGGAAUCUAAAGCCUUCGCGAAGACGGUGAUAGAUGCUAUUGAUGCGAGCUUGAAGAGCGUAGCUGCGAAUCCCAGUGCGGGACCUGUGGAAGGGUAUAUCGCGGUUAGUGUACUUCUUGGCCCCUUUGCAAAGUCAGGCGUUUUUGAGGACGGCAUAGCCAAGAACCCGACACUCCAGUCGCUGGUUGCGAGUUCGUCCAGACCGUCGUUCUUGCUUUCGGACAAGAUAUAUCAGAAGGUCACGGACGCGGAAGACCAGAUAUGGUUACUACGAGCUGCUGAAAGCACGCUCAUGUACUUCCACGCCGAGCUUCUCAAAGCUGACUCUUCCCGCGCACAACUUGGCCUCGCGUUCCUCCACCUCGCCGUCGAAGGCUCAGCCCCUUCUUUCCGCAAACGUGUCAUCGCUUCUCUCGAACAUCUCACCUCCAUCUACCCCAAAGUAGUCAACCUCGUCAUUCGGGAUGCUCUCUCCUCCUACGUCUCUAAACCCCAGCCGAAGUCGUCAUCUGCCACAUCAUCAGGGAAAGUGCAGAAUGGCUCAGCGGCAGCGGAUGAAGAUACAGUGAAAAAGCCGGUGGUAAACUUGCAGCCGCGAUUUACUGCGUUCUUGAGCGCGUGCGCGUGCUUUGGGGACGAGGUCCAGCCAGUUUUGAAGGAAGCGUUGAUUGCGGACUUGGUCAUUCUGGGGCAUCAUCCUACGAUCUGUGGCAACUCUCGGCAGGCGUGGAUCGAGCUGUGUCAGAAGGCGAAGGUGGACCCGGCGACGUUGAUCCAGAAUCAGCUGGAGUUGCUCUUCAAGAUCAUACUGGAGGCUUCUGAGUCUAAGACCGAGGACGCGAAAGAGGCAAGCUAUCGCGCGAUCACUACGCUUGCUUUUGUCCUGCCGGGCGUCGUUCUUCCUCGAGUCGUGGAUCAACUGAAGGUCGAUGUCGCCACGGAUAUCAAGACUCUGACAGACGAGGACUUUGGCAUGUGGACCACUCCUGAAGGCGAACCGUACUUCGAUGUUUUGUCUGCUAAGAAAGGUCAAGCAGUACAGACUAGCAAGGGCAAGGACGCAGAGCUAGAAAAAUGGGAAGCCGAGGUUCGCAAGUCGCUCGCCACCAAGAAGAAACCCGCGCUCUCGAAACAGGACCAAGCGCUCGUUCAAGCCCAGCUGGAGAAAGAAUCGCAAGUUCGCAAGCGGGUCAACGCGAUCCAGGAGAGGCUGAGGAGAGGCUUAAGAAUCAUCAAACAUCUUGUGGCCGGGAAUGUCAUGGAGUUCAGUGCAUGGGUCAGCGUUGUGGCGGAGUUGUUGAUCGAGGGUGGAUCGUUGGAGAAAGGGAAGAUGUUGGUUGGUGAGGAGGGCUUUGAUACGUAUUUGGAGUUGGGCAGAUGUUGUUCGGACAGGUUAGACACAUUCGCGAAGUGGAUAGCUGUCGCUACUUUGCGGAGCCUUGAAGUCCCAGCCGUUCCUGAGGAACUGAAGGCCGAACCUCUCAACCAGUUGGUUUCCAGAGUACUAUAUCGCUUGCGUUGGCUCUCAGAGCAGGCUCCGCUCGAUUCACCGACGUUUUCGUAUCUUUUUCCUUUACUGCAUCAAGUCCUCUUGAAGGGCGGUGUUGGGUUGUCAGAGGAGGAUGAUCCAUUGGAGCAAGUCGCACUGGCUCUGGACAUCAUCAAGUUCCACUGUGGAGAAUUCUCCGACAAGAACUUCCCCAGGAUGCAGAUCAUGGAAGGUCUCUUAUUCGCCAUGCGUCAUCAACUCAAACUCGCGAAGGAUGCAUCUUCAGCACUGGUGGAACUCGGUCAAGCGAUACACACCAAUGCCACUCACGAAGAGGCCGCUAUGUUGCUCCAAGGCACACUCCUACAGGAGGCUCAUGUCCGGACGUCCUGCCUCCAAACUCUUCAGCCUUUCGAUCUCACGGAUUUGGACUGGUCCCCAGAGUUGCUCAUCGCUGCCAAUGACGAAGACGAGCAGAACUCCCGGUUGGCACGUCUUAUAUGGGAGGAUAACGGUCUAGACGUGCCCGAGUCGUUCUUGCAAACGAUGCUCAAGUUCCUUGAACAUGACAAUGCGUAUGUGCGCUCCAGUACAGCUGCUGCAUUCAUUGAAUGCGUGGAGCAUUGGCCACAGUCCAUCACGGAAACGCUCGGUGCCCUUGAGGAUCUUUAUCGUGCCAAGGCAAAGAUUCUUGCUCCAGAGUUUGAUCAAUAUGGAAUGCUCGUCGAACAGAGCCUUGAUCGCACGGACCCAUGGCAAGCCCGCCUUGCGAUUGCCGAGACCUUCCAGAUGCUGUCUCCCAGCUUCACAGAGGCCAGUAUUGUACCCUUCUUCAAUUUCCUUAUCAACGACGAAGCACUCGGCGACCGGAGUACCGAAGUUCGUCGUGGAAUGCUGGACGCUGGGACAGCCGUUAUCGAUAUCCAUGGCAAGAGCAAGCUCGCAGAACUUAUUGGCAUCUUCGAAAGCCAACUCUCUAGCUCCCACCCAGCUUCUGAAACCGCAGACUUUAUACAAGAGGCCGUGGUCAUCCUCAUCGGACGUGUGGCACGCCAUCUUGAACCUACAGAUUCCCGUUUGCCCACAAUCGAGGCAAGGCUUGUAGACGCAUUGAAGACUCCUUCAGAGCAAGUUCAGGUCGCAGUUGCGGAUUGUCUGGCUCCCCUGGUCAGGAUCACGAAGGACUCAGUUCCCACUCUUGUUGAGCAGUUGUUGGAGGAACUCUUCAACGUGCCGAAGUACGCUGCUCGUCGUGGUGCAGCUUACGGUCUUGCUGGUGUCAUCAAGGGCGUCGGUAUCGCUGGUAUCAAAGACUUCGACAUCCUUGGACGGCUGCGUACGGCUACAGAGGACAAGAAGAAAUAUGAGGCCCGUCAAGGUGCCAUGUUCGCUCUCGAAACCUUCUCCAGUACGUUAGGACGACUCUUCGAACCUUACGCUAUACACGCUCUCCCCCUUCUCCUCACCUCUUUUGGCGACUCCACCCCGGAUGUCCGUGAGGCGGCUACGGAUGCUGCGCGUGUCAUCAUGCGAAAUAUGUCUGGGUACGGUGUCAAGCUCAUCCUCCCCGAUAUUCUGUCCGGUCUGGACGAGAAGCAAUGGCGUACGAAGAAGGGCUCAAUCGAGUUGUUGGGCAUGAUGGCGUACUGUGCUCCACGACAGCUCUCUCAAUCUCUACCGAUCAUCAUCCCUCGACUCACUGGUGUGCUGACGGACUCGCAUGCCCAAGUCCGCGCUGGUGCCAACAAGAGUUUGAAAAUGUUCGGCGAGGUCAUCAGCAACCCGGAGAUCCAGAACCUUGUGCCUAUAUUCUUGAAGGCUAUGGUGGACCCCUCGAAGACGCCAAAUGCUCUGUCCUCGCUUUUGAAGACUUCGUUUGUGCAUUAUAUCGAUCACUCCUCCUUGGCUCUAGUCAUCCCGAUCUUGGAGCGUGGUCUUCGAGAACGAAGCGCGGAUACCAAGCGCAAGGCUGCACAGAUUGUGGGCAACCUCGCAUCCUUGACAGACUCGAAGGACUUCGUUCCCUACCUGUCCACCCUAUUACCCAUGGUGCACGUCGUUCUCGUCGAUCCUGUCCCCGAGGCUCGGGCCACGGCCGCUAAGGCUUUGGGAACUUUGGUCGAACGACUUGGGGAGAUACAUUUCCCCGACCUCGUGCCCAGUCUCAUUCGAACACUCAAGACGGACACCUCCGGCGUCGACCGGCAAGGCGCAGCUCAAGGUCUUUCCGAAGUCCUUUCUGGGUUGGGUAUGGAGCGUCUUGAGGGCUUGCUUCCCGAUAUCAUUGCGAAUGCCCAGUCACCACGAAGCACCGUUCGGGAAGGUUUCAUGUCCUUGCUCGUUUUCUUACCUGCGACAUUCGGUACUAGGUUCCAACCUCAUCUCCCCAGAAUUAUUGCUCCAAUCCUUGGAGGUCUCUCAGAUACAGAGGAAUACGUUCGAGAAGCAGCCAUGCGUGCCGGAAGGAUGAUCGUCACCAAUUACUCAAGCAGAGCUAUCGAUCUACUCCUUCCAGAACUCGAGCGUGGCAUGUUCGAUCCUGGCUGGCGCAUUAGGCAAUCAUCGAUCACUUUGGUUGGAGAACUUCUCUUCAAGGUCUCCGGCAUCAGCGGCAAGAAUGAGAUUGAGGAAGAUGAGGAAGGAGCUGAGGUUGUCGUUGCCGAGACGUCAAGAAAGGCUCUCACCGAGGUACUUGGUGCAGAACGUCGCGAUCGUAUUCUCUCUGCUCUCUAUAUGGCACGCCAAGAUGCAGUUCACGUCGUCCGCCAAGCAUCCAUCCACAUCUGGAAAGCGUUGGUGCACAAUACACCCAGAACUGUCAGGGAAAUCCUCCCCGAACUCGUUACCCAGAUCAUGUUGCUGCUUUCGAGUGGCGAAGGAGAACAGGAGGAGACUGCAGAAAGGACAAGUGCGGAGAUCUGCCGCAAGUUCGGCGAGAGAAUCGUUGGCGAGAUUGUGGCCAUCCUUCGAUCGAAGUCAACCUCUCCAGACUCAAGGACGCGGGAGAGCGUGUCUCUCAUGCUCUGCGAAGUCAUCACCAACUCCAACGAGAUUCAACUGGAAGGUCAAGAAGACGAGAUUGUCUCGAUGGUACGCACAGCCCUUGUGGACGACGAAAGUACCGUUCGCUCUGCGGCUGCAAAGGCGUUCGACGUCUUGCAAGAACAUCUUGGUGCUAGAGCCAUCGACCAAACCAUCCCUACGCUGUUGGAGGCACUUCGCCAGCCUGGAGAGAGCUCCGGCACUGCGCUCAAGGCUUUGAAGGAGGUUAUGAGCGUCCGGGCCUCAACAGUGUUCCCGGUCUUGAUCCCAACUCUCACUGCUAUCCCAAUGACACCGUUCAACGCCCGGGCGUUGGCUUCACUCGUCACUGUGGCAGGUAAUGCCCUCAGCAAACGGUUGACGGUCAUUCUGGGGGCUCUCGUUACCGUCGUUGAAGGGUUAAGGGAAAAACCAGAUGAAGAGCUGCGAGAAGCUGUGGACGAGGCUCUAAGGGCUCUCCUUGAGUCGAUCAAUGAUCCGGAAGGCCUGAAUACCUUGAUGUUGCUUCUCCUCGGAUGGGUCAAGCACGAUAGCCCAAGACGGCGUGUCAGCGCGGCCAAUUUCUUCGCCAUUUUCUGCGAGGUAUCAGACCUCGACACCUCGCUCUAUCGCGUGGACUGGAUCCGGCAACUGGUUUCAUCGUUGGACGACUCCGACGUCGGUUCACAUACUGCAGCUUGGGCCGCCCUGGACGUUUUUGUCAAGUCCGUCCCUAAGGAUGAGCUUGAGCCUCUUGUAGUUCCUCUCCGUCGCACGAUUGAGGGUACCGGAGGCCCAGGCACUCACGUUCCGGGCUUCAGCUUGCCCAAAGGCAUCUCGCCUCUAGUGCCAAUCAUUAUCGCCGGUCUCACGACAGGUAGCAACGAGCAGAGGGAACAGGCCGCUUACGCUAUCGGCGAUCUCGUGGAGCGUACCGAAGAGAGUGCCAUCAAGCCAUUUGUUGUGCCGUUCACUGGUCCUCUCAUUCGUGUGGCAACACAGGCAACGACAUAUCCUCCAGCCGUCAAGACAGCCAUUCUCAGCGCACUCACGACCAUGUUGGAGUUGAUCCCUGCGUUCGUCAAGCCGUUCUUCCCUCAGCUGCAGCGCACCUUUGUCAAGAGUGCCAGCGAUCCCGCCAGCAUCAUCGUCCGGAACAAAGCAGCUCAAGCGCUCGGUGUUCUCAUGAAGAGCCAGCCACGAGUGGACCCCGUUGUCACAGAGUUGAUCACCGGAGCGAAAGCAAACGAUGAUUCGAUUGCAUCAAGUUUGGUGUUGGCGUUGUCGAACGUGAUCAAGAGCGGCAAUACGAAUGUUGGUCAGAAAGCGCGCGAGUCUGCUCUUGAGCUUGUUGGUGAUGCGUUCAGAGAGAGCCACGACGAACACUACAUGCAGUCCAUUGCACAACUCACUGCUUCUCUCUCGAUCUACCCGCAGCUGCUUGACCCGAUCAUCGAAACAUAUCUUCUGGGUGGGACGCCUCCGAGUCCCUUGGCAUCCCAUUGUACGCUCGCCAUCCUCUCCCGGAUCGAAGAAGACGAGACGCCCUAUGAAGACGUCAUUGGCGUCUUCCAAAACAACCUGCGCAGUGUGGCCCAAAAAGUCCAAGAGAGCAUUGGCACGGACAAGCCCAACGUCGCACGCCCCGCACGAGAAGCGAAGGAGUUAUUGAAACGACUAGACGACGGUUUGUACAGAUCAUGAGCGAGUUGUGUAUCAACAGGCUGCGAGGCCACUGUUUUGCUAUCUCGAUGUGUAGCACUCUACAAAGGCUGUACUUUUUCUUUCUUUCUUAUUCUGGUACUCAAAACCAUCCUGCCGAUGAUAAUGGAUGCACUC